UGUCGUGCUAGUGUCCUGUUUCGAAAGUAACCAUUUCUGUUUUGUAGCGAAAUGGCGGAUCCAGUAGCAGAUUUUUUGGCUAGGGAACAAGAUUUAUUCGCGGAAAUCGAUGGUGCACCAGUUGGAGGAGCUGCGGCCGCCCCACCCGCUGCUGCAGAACCACCGCCUGCUCCUGCAGCUGAUGAUAUCGCGGCGUUGAUAGAUCCCCCAUCAGUUGGAGGUGGAGAUUCUGGUGUUGACUUAGCUGGGAUGGACUAUCAACCAACGCCACCAGUCCCGCUUGUUAACGGAAAUGGCGUCAAUAGCCACCAGUCGGCUGCGAGCUCCAAAGGUCCGUCACCUGUACCCGUCCCACGCAUCGAGGCCGAGAAUAUCCGUAGGUGGCGGGAGCAACAAAAAGUACUCCUGGAAAAAAAAGAUGAGGCCGAGGAGAAGAAAAAGAACGAGCUGCGUGCUGCAGCGAAAAAAGAAUUGGAAGAUUGGUACAAACAGCGAGAGGCUGCCCUCAAACUAACAAAGGAAGCGAACAGAAAAGCUGAAGAAGAGCACCUAGCCGCAUUUGGUCGUGAACAAGGAGAAGGUGCGCAGUGGGAUGAGAUUGCACGGCUGUGUGAAGCAAAAGCUCAACAAAAAGGAGGAAAGGACGUCAGCCGCCUAAAGAAUCCCCAAAUGCGGCAUCAUGGUACUCUAUCCAUCAACCCUCAUGUUCCGUUCCAUUCUGAAACGAGCAUAAUUCUACUAAAUGUGCAUUGCUGUUGUGUUUGA